GAAAUGUUCACUGAUUUCAAUAAACUUUACCGCAAUUUUUUCCAUCGAGCGGUUACGAAGGUAUCGAUCCCUAAAGUGAGGGGCUUUGAUUUUUGCACGGAUAGUAGUUUUAUCAAAAAAACUUUAUUUAUAUCUUACUCAUUACUUGAUAUUUAAUUGUAAUUAUGGGACACUGUAUAAAACGUUACAAACACUUUUUGUUAUACAAAGUGAUUAAAAGUUUGUCUGUUUUUGUCUUUUUAAUCACUUUGUGUAACACCCAGUUGAAAUAAAUGUGAAUAGUUUAUGAAUACAAAAAAAAAACUUUAUUAGGUGAUAAUAUAAAAAUUGUUGAUGGAUGAAUCUAUUAAAUUUAUUAAAAAGAUUAUUAUAGAAUUGAUUUGGGAGCCUUUUUUCCUAUUUGGAAAUUCCUUAAAUUCACCUUAAAAAGGAGCUCAUUCUAAAUCUAAACAAAUAUGUUUUUAAUUCUUAAACACAACACUCUUCGUAUUUGUCUUAUUAAUUUACACAUAACUAAAUUGUUCUUUUAGCUUCCUAAAAUCCCCUACACACCGUUAUUUACCCAAGAAUUUAUAGAAACAAAAAUCAACAAAGUGAGUUCUUGUCAUAAAUAAAAUGUCUCGACUGUGUCACCCAAUAAAUCAACCCAAAUAAACACCCAUUUUAAAAAGAAUCGAAAAUGCAACAUUCCGAAGGUGAGCUACCGGUCGGAUCAAAAGAAAAACAUGAUUUUUUGGAUCUAGAACCAAACCAACACAUUGCGGUAGACCUAGAAUGGCCAAACACCAACAAAGUGGACAUGUUCGAAUUAGCAAACGCCGCCGGUAGAUUAAUCGCUAAUAACGCAGAAGAUAAAGCGGUGGCUUUAGAAGAUUUUUUCAGCAAAUUAAAAUUCUUGGAGAAAUGUUGGUACGAAGCCGAGAUGAAAUACAACGCUUUAAGAAGCGCCAAUGAAAGGUUAACUAAUCAAUUGGUACAUUCAAAAGCAAAGUGUGCGAUUUAUCAAAAAAAACUUCGAUUCAUACAAGACAAUCAAAAAAAUUUCGCCAAAUUAAAAGAAGUUUAUAUGACCAUGAAAUGCGAAGAAGGUGGCGUUCUUAAAGGUUUGGCCGAUUUAAAAGAUCGCUCAUGUCAAACAAAUCCUUUAGUGGUACUUCCCAAUCCAAUAAGCACCACAGGAAACACUCUUGAAUGUUGUUUAGUUCCGGUUAAACAAGAUUCCGUUGUCGCUUUAAAUCGCUCACAGAUCGAUGACGCUCAACAAAAUUUACAAAUACUUAAAGAAAUGAUUAUGAAUAGGGAAGAAGCUUGGACUGUUAGUAAACGAGUCGAAGCAGAAAUUCGUAGUGAAUUACAAGCUUUGCAAACACAAAAAGCUACGUUAGAAGAAAUCAUUUGUAUUAAAGAUAACGAAAUUGAAACUUUAAGAAGUAUACAUAUGAAACCGAGUAUUAGAGAAGAACUUUUUGAUGAUUUAAUUAAAAUUGUUACAAAAAUGGAUAGGCGAAUGAGAGAUUUAGAAAAGCUUGGAAAAAUUGGAAGAUAUAUAGUUAUGUUUACCGAAAAAGAAAGGCAAUUACUUCAAGAUAUCCUCGAGAACAAUUCUUUUGAAAAACCAAUUUAUUACCCCCAAAAUGAUAUCAUCAAAGCAAAAGAAGUGGUAAAAAAUCCACCAACACAACGACAAACCGCAUCUUCUAGAUCUGGAGUAUCUUUGCCAAGAAAACUUCAUCAAACCAUGUCUUCUAUAACAGAUAAAUUAACUCAACAUUUACCGAAUUCACAAUUUGUUUCGCAGAAGAAGGGUUUCAAUGAAACCGACGGCGAAUUGGAUUCAUUACAAAAAAUCCGAAAAGAAAUCGAGGAAAAACAAACCGCGUUAAAAGAAAAAGUCCAACAGAUUAUCGAGUUUUCUAGUGGAAAAGGAAAUUCGCCUAUAUCUGGUUUUAUUUAACUAGGUAAAAAGGGAACGCCGGAAGUCUUUGAAUGUGUGAUUGUAUAAAUGGGUGAAAAUAACACCAAUAAAGAUUGAAUUUCAAAUAUAACAAAAGUAAUUUAUUUAAAAAAC